CUUUAAUCUCAUGCCCGUUGCGUCGCUUUGCCCCUCCGUCUCCCACAUCGCCCCCUUUCUCGCCACACGGAGUCGAAGGAAAGAAGAGGUUGAGUCGGGCUCCUCCGUCUCCCACAUCGCCCCCGUUUCUACCCCGUCCACCCCGCUUCCUCGCCUCCUCCCCUUCUUCCUGCCCAUUUUCCAAUUUUCCGGGUUCCUCCCUUUUCCCCUCGACUCGUUGCGUGAAGAGGAGCUACAGCGACGGCGAGCUGUGAUGGGCACCGGGGGCAAGGUUGAUAUGUUCUAUUUAGAGAAAAUGCUUUCCAAACUAGAACAAGAAGAGACAUUUAUGCUCAGAACAAAAAGGACUCGUGUUGUCUCAUCACUGGCCUCAUCAGCAGCACUUCCAGGUCUUCAUGGUUGUUUGGGGAUUCUGGGAGGCAUUUCAGUGGGCCACAUGGUGUCCCAGUUGUCGGCAGGCAGUGCAAAGCUUCAAUAUAGAUUCAAAAUGCAGCUGUAAAUCCACUUCACUCCCAUCUGGUAAGGUUGUUUCAUUGUGGCUGGUAGAUCAAUUACUUAAUGCUAUGAAAAGGAGGUAAUCAUUUUUGAAUUGGAAUUUCUUUUUAUUACAACCAAUUUACCUUUUAAUUUUUUAUUUCAUAUAGGAAUUUUUGUUCUUUUAUCUAUUGAAAUGGGUUGUGCAAAAUUAAUUGAUUUUUUUAUUGCCUGGAAUUUUUGUUCUUUUUUCAUUACCUUGGUAAUUGUAGUUGUCAAUCAUAGAAUUGAUGGAUUGAAAGCACAUGAUAAAUGCCAAAUAUGAUAAAUGCUUCGUCAAUGAUAACUCAAAGAAUAAAGCCUUUCUUAACUUUAUGCUAAAAUUUGGCCACUAGAUUGGAUCCAUUCUCAUGCCCUGGACAUUAAGUUUUGUAAAUCAUCACAUAUGUUAUGUUGCCUCUUCAACUCAUGACAUCCAGUCUUGUAAAUUUAUCACAUAUGUUAUGUUGCCUCUUCAACUCAUGACAUCCAGUCUUGUAAAUUUAUCACAUAUGUUAUGUUGCCUCUUUUGUUUUUUUCCCACUUUGUAGUUUUUGCUUUUUAUAUUGUGUUAUUGAUAUUUCAACAAUGUGAAGUAUUUAG